CGCGCAGUCCGAGACCAUGCUGUAUUUCAAAGUUUUAAGCUUUACCGCAUUAUACAAACACAAAUACGAUCAUUCGUUUUGUUUUGGAUCACACUUCUUACGACACCAGAGCUCUGCCUCAGUGAAUGGUGAUCGAGUCAGUUCACACGCAACCAUCCAGCAGAAGAGCCACGAAACGGUGUUCAUCCGCGAUCGGUGGGAAGGAGAAGUUAGGCACACAUGUUCUAGAGGUGAUAAUUUAUUGAUCACGGCAUUAGAAAGCAUGGCACUGGCAAGUGAAAAGGAAAGUGCCAAAUCGGAUGUGCAAACUCGAACAAAAACCACGGCUGCAAAGCACAAAGAAAGUGAUGUUACAUCAGGAAGCAAGAAAACUGAUCUGACCUGGUGGAUCGUGUUUGGAGCGAUACUGGCGCUAACGCUGGGAACACGAUUCUACAAUGUGACGGUACCGGAUCACGUUUGCUGGGACGAAACCCAUUUCGGCAAGAUGGGCAGCUGGUACAUCAAUCGGACGUUUUUCUUCGACGUUCAUCCACCGCUGGGCAAGAUGCUGAUCGGAUUAUCUGGAUACCUGACGGGGUAUGAUGGAAAGUAUCCGUUUGACAAGCCGGGUGAUAAGUACAACGGGACGCACUAUGAAGGCAUGAGAAUCUUCUGCACCGCCCUGGGAGCGGCCAUCGUGCCGAUGUCCUUCCACACCGUCUGGGACAUGACGGGAUCGCUGACUGCGUCCGCUUUCGGUGCCGCCUACAUCCUGUUCGACAUCGGCAUGCUCAUUUUGAACCGUUACAUCCUGUUGGACCCGCCGUUGAUUUUCUUUAUGACGGCUUCCGUGAUGGGUAUGGCACGCGUCACGAAACUCACUCGGGAUCAGCAGAGUUUCUCGCGUAGUUGGUGGACUUGGCUGUGCUUCACGGGUGCUAUGCUGGCGUGUACGAUUAGUGUAAAGUUCGUGGGAUUGUUUGUUGUGCUGUUGGUUGGAUUGCAUACCGCUAGUGACUUGUGGGACGUGCUUGGAGAUUUGGCUAAGCCGGUGUCUUACACCGUAAAGCAGUUGAUAGCUCGAGCAAUGACACUGAUUGUCUUACCGAUAAUUCUGUACGCCACAUUUUUCUACAUUCAUCUGCACGUACUGAAUCACAGUGGUAGUGGAGACGGCUUCUACAGUUCAGGAUUUCAAUCCAACUUGGUUGGAAAUUCGCUGUACAAUGUGUCGAUGCCACGAGAAGUAGCAUACGGAGCCGUAGUUACUUUGAAGAAUCAUAAAACCGGGGGUGGAUAUCUACACUCGCACAACCAUCUGUACCCGAAAGGGUUUGGCGCCAAACAGCAACAGGUGACGACCUACAGCCACAAGGAUGAAAACAACAAGUGGUUGAUAAAGCCCUACAACAAGCAAACGGUGGAUAAUGUUACUUUGGUAAAGCACGGAGAUUUGAUUCGAUUCGAACACAUGCAGACCAAGCGGAACUUGCACUCGCAUCGGGAACAAGCUCCAGUUACGAAAAAGCACAUGCAAGUCACGUGCUACGGAGAGGAAGGACAAGGCGAUAGCAAUGAUGUUUGGCAAGUGCAGAUAAUCGGCGGAAAGGAUGGUGAUAUAGUGGAAACUGUGACGAGUCGUUUGAUAUUCUACCACUACAUCGAACGAUGUGUGCUGACGACAACGGCUAAACAGUUACCCAAAUGGGGAUUCGAACAGCAAGAAGUAACCUGCAAUCCAAACAUACGGGACCGGAGUGCGGUUUGGAAUGUGGAAGAUAAUCAGUUCGAUAAAUUACCAAGUGUAAACUUUCAAGUCUACGCCCCGGGAUUCAUCAGUCGCUUCUUCGAAUCACACGCAGUGAUGCUUCAAGGUAACUCCGGGUUGAAGCCAAAAGAAGGCGAAGUGACCAGUCGUCCAUGGCAAUGGCCCAUUAAUUAUCGGGGCCAGUUCUUCUCAGGGUCGGAUCAUCGUGUCUAUUUGCUAGGAAACCCAAUCAUUUGGUGGAGCAACUUAGUAUUUUUGGGAUUGUUUAUUGCUGUAUUCUUUGUGGAGGUCAUAAAAUACCAGAGAAACUCAGGAACUCUGCAAAGUGGCCAAGCAACCAGUACUGUAGAAGAAUAUAAAUGGCGUUCAUUGCGAGCAUCUGCCUGGCUCUUCGGGGGUUGGCUACUGCACUACUUACCGUUCUAUGCAAUGGGACGAGUUCUUUACUUCCACCACUACUUCCCGGCCCUGGUAUUCAACUCAAUGCUGGCAGGUGUGAUGCUGGACUACCUCACAGUGAAGCUUCCCAGCUGGCUGCGGCACACGAUCCUGGGGGUGGCACUGGCUGCUCUGGUCUACAGCUUUGCCCUCUUCUCCCCGUUGGCGUACGGUAUGAGUGGACCGUUUUCGCAUGAACCCAACUCGACGUUGGCCGGACUCAAGUGGAUGGAUACGUGGGAGUUCUGAAGCACACGCGGUGCUCUUACCAGCUGCUAUAGCUGGACCGACCGACCAACCGACCGUACUCGAGAUUUUGUUCUCUUUAUUUGCUGGUUUAUUUUCUUAUAUUCCGCUCAUGUUAUCAGCAAGUAGUGCCAACGGGCGUAAUGAUUUGUCGAUACUUUCUGCGAGAAGAAGAAUUUUGCGUUUAACGUUCUGUUUAUAGAAAAGACAAUCUACCUUUAAUAAAGAAAUACUCAAAGAUAGCUAAAUAACAGGAAAGCUUUUCUAUUACAUU